UAUAGUUCAUAGAUCGUUAUUUUUGAAAACAAAUAUUUCAGUAAAAAGUGAUAUUUUUAUUGUUUUUGAGCGUAAACUAUAAAGCAGUAGUUACGUUACGGACGACUCAAAGACGCGCUUCUCGAUGUGGAAGCCAAAUGCCAUAUAUAACACUUAAAGUAAGAUUAUUUAAAUGUUAGUUGUUUGUUUGAGUCUUUGACUAUAGUUKAUUGUAUAUCACUGUCRAAAGUAUUGCGGRUUUCGAUCAAAGAAAAAWCACGUUUCUCAAAAGCAUGUUUGUGGGAGGGUCCCGUCUUCGYGUGAGUCAGAAUKUUUUGUGUGUGGUGGUUAUAAACUGUGCUACACCGAKUUAGAUUUUCAUCUACAAGUUACUGAAGCCAGUGUUACUUUAGGACUUGUAUCGUUUAUYGCUKUUACUGUUACUACUSGACGUUUCUACUAUAGUUCUUUUGCUUGACAAAUGAAUAGAUCAAGUUACGGUUUUGACACCAUUUUGUCUGGGUAGGCACAKUCUCGCAAAAUAACAAGGACACACUGUGAAAUCGAUGGUUAAAUUCCAGUUCUUAAAGAAUCAUUAAUUUCGAACGUUAGAUACUAUGAAAAGGAGUUAACUGGCGAGUUUUGAAGGACUUAGUUGAUCUAGUGAGGAAGCAGAUAGGUGCGAUAUUGUGGAUUAUAGCUCUGAUGAUGAGAAUUCUUCGUUUUCACGUGACGUCACACUAAUUAUGCACGCCGGAAGUAAAAAGUUCUGGUGGAUAAACAAACGAUCAACUGGUGAUCGUACAAAGCGCUAGGUCACGGGUCACUUAUAUUCUUUGUCAUAAAAGUGGUUUUAAAUGGGUUAUCUUUGUGCAGUUAAAGACUGUGGACACAAUAGCAUCAAGCACCAAGGCGAGUAUCGGUUUUUCAGAUUUCCAGGCAUAAAAACGAAGCAAGGAGAAGCAAUCCGCCAGCUUUGCAUAGAGCGAAGACGAGUGUGGCUUGCUCGGAUUUUCAGGAGCGACCUCAACGAAAAAUCCAUCGAAAACACUCGUGUUUGUAGCGAUCAUUUUGUAAAAG